AUGUGUCUUCUCAAUAAACCCAAGAGUGAGAUGACCCCAGAGGAGCUGCAGAGGCGGGAGGAGGAGGAAUUCAACACACGUCCCCUCUCGGUGCUAACACAGCCAGUCAAGAACAACACACACGUCCUCAUUAAUUGUUGCAACAACAAGAAGCUCCUGGAACUGGUGAAGGCCUUUGACAUGGUGCUGGAGAAGGAGAUGUGGACUGAGGUCCCCAACAACGGCCAGGGCAAGAAGAAAUCCGAGCCUGUCAACAAGGACCGCUACAUCUCCAAUACAUUCCUGCGCAAGGACUCAGUCAUCUUGAUGCUAUGGAACCUGAACAUUGCCGUCAAGUAG